AUGGAGGCACUGGAGAUAUGGGGUGGGUUUGGAGAGUGGAAUGCGGGCCAUAUAUGCUAUGUGCCUGAUAAGAAGUUGAACGAGGAGCGGGUAUAUGUUGAGAAGAUCAAGAAAGAGGAAGACAGCCUUGAAAGAGGUCACAUAGGUAUACUGUUCGGGGAGGAGAUGGAAGAGGAAGAGGAAGAGGAAGAGGAAGAGGAAGAGGAAGAGGAAGAGGAAGAGGAAGAGGAAGAGGAAGAGGAAGAGGAAGAGGAAGAGGAAGA